CACCCCGGCUACAUCUCCAGCUCGAACCAGUACGCCUCGGAGCUUAAGAUACGGCGCAUGCUCCGGGAGAACGGCUGCGACCCUGCGCGAGAGGAUAACUACCGCUUGCAGGGCGUCCAGCUCAUAGACACCGUGAGGCAACAUCUGAAUCUGCCGGUGCGGACGUUUGACACGGCGUGCACGUACUUUCACAAGUUCCGACUCAACUUCCGAGACGCCGAGUAUAACUACCAGGACGCGGCUCUGGCGUCGUUGUUCGUCGCGUGCAAAGUCGAGGAUACGAUCAAAAAGUCGAGGGACAUUCUCGCCGCAGCUUACAAUGUUAAGAACCCUGACAAGCCUGCGGCGUCGGAUGACAAGGUACGGCAGAUAUUCGAAUCACCAGGCAAAAUCAUCAUUGGACUCGAGCGCCUGAUCCUCGAAACGAUCGGCUUCGACUUUCGCACUCGGUACCCCCAGAAGCUGCUCGUCAAGGUCGUGCGUAGCAUUCUCGGCCGCGAGGCAGGCGAGUCCUUCUUCAAGAUUGCCUACGCCAUGAGCAUCGACAUGUACAAGACGUUUGUGCCCAUCAAGCGCACCACCUUCUCCAUGGUAAUGGCCCUGGUAGAGCUCACGGCUCGCAUGACGGGCCAGCAUCUGGACGCGGUCAAGGAGUUUGCGGCGCGGCGGCCACAGUACCAUCGGCCGGCCGUUCUCGAGACCAUGCUCGAUAUACUGGACCUCUAUGUUCAAUACCACAAGUCGACCAAGGUGGGCACGCAAUUUGACCUGAACCGCUUUAUGGACAUCAAGAUUGCCCUCAACACGGAGCUCGAGAAAGACUUCAUCUCUCGGCACAUGUACCACUGCAGUCGUUGCGAAAAUGAGGACCCGACCCCCGUCACCCCCGGCUCUGCCACUUCACCCACAGCAACAUCGUCUGCGUGGCCGGGCGACCUAUCUAUGAGACGAACGGCUCGCGGCCAGGAUGGCACCAUGCGGUUCGUGUUCGACCCCGAGGCUGCCCGAGAAGAGCAAGACACAGUAGCGCCUUACUUUACCGAAGAGUUUGAGGAGUACGAGGUCGAA